GUUCCGAAUGGUGUACAGAGAAGCACACAAAGCGCAAUGGAUAAACCAGCUGGGAGCAGUCAUAAUCCUUCAAACGUAUCUAAGACAAACAGACGGCAGGAUUGGUGGGCUGUACAUAAAAACAAGAGUCGUGAAGAGAAACGAGAAGGUUUGAGAAAGUUGAUGCCAGAAAAUAAGUUUCAAGACAAUGUUUCAUCCUUAGUGGAACAGAAUAACAAAGGUGGCUUCAAAGCUAGUGUAGCAACAAGGAACGCACUAGCACAGGCAGUAGUGCCAGGGAAGAUGAAAGUAGAGAUGAAAUCACAAACCAAACUUAAUUUCAAAACUGUGAAAUCUAACUCAGAAAAUUCUAAGAAAAAGAAUAACAAGGUGAAGGUCAAAGAAGAGGUGAAAGAUGUGUUACCAAAUGUACAUAUAGCUGGUGAACAAACAUCAUCCAAACACAUGCCCAAGGCAUAUGUGCUCUGUGUCGGAAAUCUUCCUUUCAACAUUUCAAAGGAACAGUUAGAAGAACAUUUCAGGAAAACAGGUGGUGUAAAAUUGAUCCGGAUUCCAAAGGAAAAGGGAACAGACAGAGCCAGAGGAUUUGCUUAUAUAGAAUUCAAAGACAGAAUCAGUCAUGGGAUUGCUCUUCGCCUUCAUCAAACCACCUUAGCUGGACGUAAAAUAAACGUAGAAUUCACUUCCAUUGGUGGGAAAAAUAAAAAAAGGUUGGAUAAGCUCAAGCUUAAAAAUCUUUCUAAGGCCAAGUUUAAAAUGCCUUUGGAACAUUGACCUUUGUUGUGAUGUCAGCAUUAUAUGUUUUGUGAAUGAAAGAAUGAACUGGUGUAUUUCAAAUACACUAAAUGAUGUUUAUAUAUACAUUGUUUAGUUUUUUUUUUUUUUUUUAGUGAAAAUGUACAAGUUGUGAAAAAAUAGUUCCCCUUUUAAUGAGAGAUUCAAUUGAUGAUAAACAACAGGAUAUGUGUAAGCUGUUUCCUCUUGUUUUUUUUUUUUUUUUUUUGUCAUUUGGUGUUUUUUCUUAAUAAAAACGAAGCUGUCUAAGUGUGGUUUGCCAAUAUUUCAGUGUAUGGUAAUAUUGAUAGUCUGCAUUGUGGAUGUUAUUUGGGGAUUUUUUUAAAAACAGAUCUGUUGUUAUCUGAGUACUGGACAUGUAUGUCAAUAUCUUCAUAGUAUUUUCAGGUGCCAUUUCCUUAGUUGUAGCAGAAAUAAUGAUAUAUAAGUAAGAUGUUUGUAUCAUUGCAUUCACAUUGGAACUUAAACUUUCAAGUUGUUACCUACCAGGAGAAUGUGCAAUCUUGUUGCAAGUAAAUAGACAUAAAAUUUAAAGCACAUUGUACAUACCAAAAUUCUUUUAUACAUUUUUGUUUGUUUGCUGGGUUUUUACGCCCCAUCAACAUCCAGAGUCAUUUGCGAUGGGGUCUCCUUGUAGUGGCUGGUGGAUGACUUGCAGAACAACAUACUGGAGGUUUGUUGUAUGUCAUCCAGAGCAAUUAGCGUAAAGUGUCAAUUUCUUAACUGAGAAACACAAAAUGUUACUGGUAGGGAGUGUUGAACACUUUCCCUCAGAUCUUCACCACAGAUUAUGUAGACCAAAGCUGUGUAAUACAUUGCCUCACAGGUAAAUGUCAUCUGGUGACAAAAUAACACCUUUUCAUCUAUAACUGGUUUACAUAUACAUAUAUGUUGCCUGAUUAAUAGGGAGAGUUAGAUUGGUGUAUACAUGUAGGUGUGUAGUUUGUAUGUUUUUUUUUAUGUAUUAAUGAUUUAAUACAUUAUGUCAAUAUGUGCAUUUAUCAUUUCAUACUGCUAAAGAUUUAAAAAUGUGAAAAAUUUCAUAGCUUUAAGUUAUUUCAGGUUAUUUGAUAUAUGUAUAAACCUCUUUUCAUCCAUGAAAUGGAUGUGCAAUUACCAAAGGUGAUACAGCCUACUCUGACUGCAGCUUAGACAAAAUAUGGAAAGUUAGAAUUUAUAACAAAAAAAAAAUUGAAAUCAUAUUUCACAUAAAAAUGUUACAGAUAUACUCUUGGUAGUCCUGGGUUUGGUUACGUUUAGAUUCAUUCACUGCCAUCUGAUAUUUUUUUUGUUAGCAUACCCUGGUUUCUCGUAUUUCUUGAAAACCUUGAAAUAUUUUGACAAACCCAAUCAACUGGUUCAAAUAUAUUGCUUGCCUUCUCAGAUGUAUUGUAAAAAUUGAACACAAAUCCUUUUUUUCAGGGGGCAGGGUUUGAAGUUCAAGCUUGCUACAAUUCGAAUUUUUAUAUGUGUAAUUGAAAGAGAACAUUUGUAGUACUUGUUUUUAGAGAAAAAAAACACUCACAACAUUUGACUUCAUUUUUAUGCAUAUAUUUGGGCUUAUUCAUUAUCUUCAUUAAUGAAAUGUUAAACAUUCAUCUCUGUUCUUAAAGCUAAUGUCAUUCUUUGAAUUCUUCUAUUGAACGUUGCAAAGCAAGGUCGUAUAAUAGUAUUUCUCCAAGUUUGAACAAGAAUAUUGGAAUUCACGUUAAAUCCUUAUAAUACAAAAUACCUCAACUCCAUCUGUGAUUUUACUUAAAAUUUUAGUAUUUAUGAGCAUAACAAGCUUUGUACAUUAAUUUAUGUUUAUUACAUGUAUGUAUUAAAUAUAAAUGUUUGUUUAGUUAACUGUGAAGAUUUCACUUUUUUUUAUCAAAUCUUGUAUCAAACUUUUAGUUAUUAUCCAGCUUAAGCUUUUCAAAAAUUUGUCUUACUCUUCGAGAAAGUGUAUAGUGUUCCUAAUUUGGUUAAUUCAAAUAGUUAUUGUAGUUGUUGAAGAAGUUAUCAGAAAAACAUUCAACAAACAGAUAUUAAUUUUUGUUAAGUGUGUUAGUUUUAUAAGCAGUUCCAGAUAAGAUGUUAACACAACAGGCAUACUUUAUUUUUUCUUCUUUCAUGCUGAUGCUUUGUUUCAUUUCACAUGACUAAGUAAUAAAAAGUUAUUCAGUUUGUGAUGUUGUAUAUGUUAUGUAUGUAUCAAUGUCUUGCUUUAUACAGAAUGUGUUUGUUAUCAUAUCACUUUUAAUAAGUAAUGUACUUAUACAUCAGUGGGACAUAAUUCUUUCAUAGUUUAAAUAUCAUUUCAUUAAGAUGGUUUCAGUCUUUCAUAAUUGGACUGGCCUUUUUAUGACCCUAAACAAUUGUGAAAGUGCAUAUUAAUAUAAUUCCUCCUGUCUCUGACAGUAGUCAGUUUAUUUGUUAUUUAGCUGUGAUGUUACAUUUCUUGCAGACCUCAAAAACUCUUAUUUGAUUUGGUAGAAUCAAAUUUUAGCAAAUUUUCACCUUUUUGCCAAAUUGGCAAAAGGAUGAAUUUGCACCUGCACAGUUAUUGUAUAUGAAAGCAACUAUAGAAACUGCAAGUGGUGCAAUCAAAGUUUAGAGCAAUAUAAUCAGAGCAAAAAUUGCUUGAUUAUCACUAAAAUAUGUAUAUUUACAGUGUGCUAUAAAUCUGUCUAAAGGACUGUCACGAUAAAGGCCAUGUCAACAGUGAACAUUAUGAAAAUAUUGUUGUUUGAUUUGUCAGGUCUUCAUUGACAUGAUAAUCAUUGUGACAAUCAUCAAGAGAUUCCAUUCUUACUUAAUUUUGCAAUCAAUACUAGCAAUUCUAAUUGAUCUCUGCUUUAUUAUGUUGCUGUGUGAUAUUUCAUCAUGAUGCUACCAUUCUUCAAGGUAGGAAUUAAAGUUAUUAUAUCACAGUCAAUUCAUGAUCAGUCAUUGUAAUCACUGACGUUUUGAAACCUUUACUUAAAUGAUUUUCGGAUAGUAGCUUGGCCUUGUUAAAAAGGUCGAGUUAUGAUCCAAUGUUUACUCAUGAUCUGUCAUAUGGUGAAACAGUUGAGUACUGUGUGCAACUAUAUCAAGUUUUUAAUCAAUAAUACUGAUACUAUUGACGUAAGUCCUUUAGCACUCCUGGUACAUUUUAACAUUAUACUCAAUAGCCUUGGUAAAGCACAUGAGGAGUGUGUGUUAUUUGAAGUGGAUUAUAGAUUUUAAAUACAAUACCAUUUUCUUCAAAUCAUUUGCAGUUAUUUAAGUUAUUGUUUGCUUGGUCAACAAUUUUUUUAUGUAUAUGCCAUCAAACUUUUUCAGUGAAAUCAUACUUGGAUAUCAUCUUUUUGGUGUUAAUACCUGUAAGUUUGAUUAGACACAGGUGUGCAUUAAGAUUGGGAAGUCGUCAGAUGGCUUUAUUCAUGAUAUUACAGCACAAUUAACUGUAAAUACAUACGUUUGCUUAAGUGCUUUAUAUAAUCUUGGUGCAUUAUUUAUCAAUUUUUUUGUGUGCAUAAAUUAGCAUAUGCAUAAUUCUGGGUAAGAUGCUGUUCAAAUUUUAGGACUACGAAAAAACAUAUUCACCUUUUUUCAGGCAAAACAAAAGUCAAUGACUUGCCAAUUGUAUUAAAAACCCACUGAUGUAGAACACAUGCUGGGUUUCUUCUUACAACCAUGAUCUUCAUUCUUGGUAGAUUUGGGAAUCUUGCACAGUUAGGAAAGUGAUAAAGAUCAAUAGAAUACAGCUGACAUUUGAAACCACCGUGGAGUGGUAGAGGAAUGUAUGUAUAGCUGUAUAUGAGACAGAUAGGAUUGUUUAAUCAAACAUUCAGCUUUCUUGCCUAAAACAUUCAUGUUUUAUGUCUGUUUUGAGGUCCUUUCUGCUCUGGUUUAUCUUAUUCAUUCAUUUUUUUUUCAAAUUUAAGCAAGAAUCGCAAGUUUAAAUUUUGAACAUUAAGCUAGGAUCAGUUAAUAGUCAUUAUAUGAUGUUUGAUUACCAACAGAUUGCCUUGGUAACAUUUUAAUCCACUAAUUUCUCUUGCAAUAAUUUGAAUAAAAUUACCUGAUAUAGGACAUAUUAUGUAGAGCUGUACAGAUUACCAGUACAUCUAUUUCUGUUUGUUCAAAAUUUAAAUGUUCUAAUCAUUUUGAGUUGAUCUCUUCACAUUGAAGAAUAAAACUAAACAUUGUAUUA